AUGGGCACUGAUAGGCGGCACUGAUGGGCACUGAUAGGCAGCACUAAAGGGCACUGAUAGGCACCAAUGAGGAGUGACAUUCAGGGGUGGGCUGACAACUCAUGGGGCCCCCAGGGCAAUAGGGGAUCAUGGGGCCCCUGUGUCCUUGCCCAAACUCAAAAAAGCCUACGAAAAAGGUACCAGGGGCAUCUCAUGGGGCCCCCUACUGACCCCAGGCCCUUGGGCAGUGUCCCAGUUUCCAAAUGGUCAGUCUGUCCCUGGUGACGUUGCAUCCACGCAUGUCA